AUGCUAUACACACAACCAAUCGUCGACGACCAGAAUCCAUUCUACUGUCCUGCAAUUACCGCAGUCGCCUUUCUGGAGUCUCUCCGACAUCAGUUACGCGACGCUCCGCCUCCGUACAGCCGUUCUCCGGAGGGACAUGAUAUAUCCUUCGCCGAACGACUCGACCAGUCUGUGGACGAGAAAGACCUCUACCGGCUCUUAUUCCGUCUUCAGCCUCAUCAAUCCCAUGAUCUCGACCACAACUCAUCUGUAGACAGCUCUCUAUCUGCACCUGCAUAUGGCCACAGUACCCCCGUACCCGUCCCUCAAUCUGUAGCUUCCCCUGCCGGUCCCGUGAAGGUGAGGGCAAAGCGCAAGCGCUCUCGCUCCUGUGACACUUUCAGCGGCCUCCUUGCCCCUCCCAAACGUGAGCGCUCGCUCCAGAGUGUGAACGAUAGCUCGUUCGAAUUGAGCGCGAAGGCGGAACGGCUUCGUUACUUCAAAGGCAGCGCCGACGCUCUGUUUUCGCCAGCCAGCCAUGGGGCCCGAGGAGUACCCGAGAUAGAUGGUCCGCUGACGAAGUACGAGCUGGAAAGGAGGAUAUGUAUACUGGAAGAUGAGCUGUAUGGACCACCAAUCGGCACCGAGACUCCGCGCGGAAUCAACACACUGGUAGCACGCCUCGACGUCCUCUUACCCGGGAUCAGACUGAAGGAGCGGCUAUAUGCGCUUGAGGUCCUGAACCACCAGCGAGUUGCAGAUAUCCUAGCUAUCGAUGGACAUCUCAAUGCUCGGAUAUUAAACAUGUUGCGCAUGUCCGAGAUCGACUGUCUUGAUCUGACGGCAUCGCUCAUGGAUGAAGAGGGACUGAAUCUAGGAGCCCAAGAGCUUUUACACGUGUUCGAGAAGCCAAACAGCUUCCUCUUCCUUAGUGAGCUCAGCCUGAGCGGCGCAACGCUGCAAGACUACGAUCUCACAAACAUUCACCACCUCCCUCGCCUCUCCCGCCUCUGGAUUAGCAAUACUGGCAUUGGCAAUGAGGGCAUAUUCCACCUGGUAGCGCUGAAGCGUAGCCUCACCGAGCUCGAUAUUGCACUGAAUCCGCGCGUCGACGACGAUGCUAUUCCCGCUUUGAUCACGCUGCCGAAACUGCGCUUCGUCUCUCUGUUUGACACAAGUAUGCGUAUGCCUGGCUUCCGGCGACUGGCAGUCGCUCUUCGAAGCAGGAUGGAUAGGGAGCGGAUACAAGUUGAGGUCCCUCGCGAGUGUGAGGAAUAUCUAGAAACGUGCGAGGAGCUGUCCGUCUCUGCAUUACGCCGUAACCUCGCUGAGCACGCUGUCUUCAACGCGAGCAUUCUCACAGACGGAUCCAAGGAGGAAAUGGUGGAGCGACUGAAGAGGAUCCUCACAAGGCGCGAGAUGGACCUGGUCGCAAGAGAUCUUCUAUGGCAAGAUGCUGACAAGAUUCUGGACCGAGAGGCCGUCCAGUCCAAGUCGGGGAGCUCGGAGAUAGAGACCUGCCAUAACGGGAAUGCGCAUCUCAUAGGCAACAUUCUCAUCCUGCGCGGCGACAUCGAGAUCCUGCCCCCGGAGCGCACGACCGUGUCCUACGACUUUCUCUCACGUCUGGUGGGAGAAUACCUGCUCACCUCGAGUCCGCAUGUCGACACCUCCGCCGCGCUGUCAAUCAUGCCGGUCACCCGCAGUACGUCGAUCUGCAUUCCUCUGCCGGGUGCCGCAGAGGGCAUGGACUUGAAUCCGCUCUUCACCGGGGUCUCGUCGUUCCGCCCCGCCGGGGAGGGAGGGGAGCUGAAGCUCUUUGAACAAGCCGGGAUCAGGCUCGUGCACGGCUGGCUGGCCGACCCGGAUAGCCACGAAUACCAGGUCCUCGCGAAGACGGAGGACUACGACACCUCCGUGAACCUGCUGGUCGAGGCAGACUACCUGACGAAGGGACAGCUUGUGGCCGAGGAGGUACUUGCAGCGUCCCCGGAGGCAGGUGUCGCAAGCGUGUACGAGAACCUGUCGCCCGAGGAGCGCGAGAAAGUACAAGAUGCCAUCAUCAUCCGCGACUUCAUCGACCGCACGCAGUCCCAGCUGACCUACAAUGGGCUGUUCACGCUCGCGUCCACGCUGCAGCCGGGCACGCUGGUCGCGCUCUUCCGCAACUCGCACCUCUCGGUGCUCUACAAGCCGCCUGGUGAGGACGGCGGGCUAUACACGCUCGUCACGGACCAGGUGUUUCUCCACGAGCCGUCCGUAGUAUGGGAGCGGCUCGAGGACGUCGAGGGCAGCAGUUCGUCGUUCGUCGACUCAGACUUCGUGCGCUCGAGCCCCGCCGGCGGCGACUACGCCGGGCACACGGCGGAGACCGCGCUCAAGGCGCUGGAAGCGCAGGCGCGUGCCUUGUCGUUGGAAGAGAGCGCAGAGUACGCCGAUACCCCUUGGCUUGAGCUCGCGCGGCAGCUUCAGGAAGAGGAAGAUGCUCGUGCUCGCGAGAUCUACGCGCGAAGAGAGCAGGAGCGGCUGGAACGCGAACGGGCGCAGCAGCCUCGUACUCCGGUGACCGCAACUACUAGGGACGACCCGCAGCGCAUGAAGAAGAAAGGUGACUGUGUUAUUAUGUGA